AUGAAUGUAAGUUUUUCAACUAAACUUUUUAAAAAUCAAUAAAAAUCACCUUUUUUUGCAGAACUUUACUGUUAAUCAAUCGAUCGUCCCAGAACAAGCUGGGACACCAAACACGGCAAAAGACCUGCCAGAGUCUGUUGAAGAUGUGACCACUUCUCCAGAAAAUUGUCUUACCGAAAUGCUCAAAAAAUUCGAUAAAUUGAUGAAUGCUCAACCGGAAUUUGCUGAUGAGCUUAGAAGAAAUGCUCCGAAAAUCACACAUGAGCAAAUUAUUGAUGAUCUUCGUGGGUUGUUUGGGCAAGAAACGGCGGAAUUGAUUCGAAAUCAAAAUGCAAAUUUCCAUGCAUCUUCUUUUGGCAACUCCGAACAUCCCAACACAUCGGCGCGAGCUGUUGACUUCGAUGAUAAUGUUUCGGAUUCGAAUAUUGGUCAAGAAGAUGUUGUUGUUGCACCUGAAUUUGAAAAUAUUGAAGAAUUGAGAGCACCAGAAAAUGCAAAUGCCACAAACAUGUCUGAAUCUGGAUCGACUGCUGAAGAAUCUGUUGAAACAUCAACAAAAUCGAAUUCGAAUAUCUUGAAUGGCAAUAUUGGUCAAGAAGAGGAUUUUGAAAACGAUGUUGUUGCUUCACUUAAGGGAAUUAUUGAACAAGUUCUUGAAAUGGCAGCGAAAUCGACCAAAUCGUUGAAUCAAGAAAUUGUCAAUGAAUCUCCAACAACAACUGAAACACCAGUCGAUGUAAGUUUUUGGUUCGAAAAUUGAUUUUUCAGAUAUUUUUGAGCUCUGAAAACAAAAAAAAUACCUUUCAGCGACCAUCGACCUAUGAACCAACUCUAUCAUCAGCUCUAGCAUUCUUGGCUCGAUUGGAGAAAUUGUUGCCUUGUAGCCAACCUCAAGGAGCAAAUGCACAAAUGCAACAACCAAAUCGACAAGCUGAUCCUGAACGUGUUUCUGCACCUGAAAGUGGAAAUGUUGAAGAUAUGCAAAUGCCAGAAAUUUCAGGCUUACCUGAAACUGGAUCGACUGCUCAAGAAUCUCGAAUUGAAACAUCGUCGAAUUCUCCAUCUGAAAAUCAAAAACAAGUUAUGCCUGGAAAUGUUGUUAUAAGGUCACCAGGAAAUGGAAAAGCUGUUCAAGAAUCUCGAAUUGAAACAUCGUCGAAUUGUCCACCUGAUAAUCAACAUGUUAUGCAGCCUGGAAAUGUUGUUAUAAGGUCACCAGGAAAUGGAAAAGCUGUUCAAGAAUCUCGAAUUGAAACAUCGUCGAAUUGUCCACCUGAUAAUCAACAUGUUAUGCAGCCUGGAAAUGUUGUUAUAAGGUCACCAGCUGCUGCUCAACAUUCUCAACAAGCUGUUCGUCAAUCGAAAUUCCGGCGACACGUAUCGCGACUUCUCAAUCCUGCUCCACGGUAUGAGACAGCUAGCGAAAGCUCGGAGGAUGACGAUUUCGAAAGACGCGCUGAAAACCCUGUUAGUUUUUACAAUUUCUAGCUAGAAAUUUCACAAAGGAAGUGGUCAGGAGUUGAACUUUUGAUGAAACAUGCGAAAUAUAUCAAAUCGACCAUGCUGAUCACGAUUCCGAACUCAAAAAUUUGCCACAAAUGCCUGUGAGCACUUUUCUGGAGCUCCGAAUUAAAAAUUGAGUUUUGGUUUUCGCCCAUUUUCACCUUGUUCUUCGGUGGAAAAUCCAUUUUCAUAAUUUGGAUAAGGUUGUUCGCCACAUUCGAAAACCUUUCAGCUUUUUAUUUUUUCGAAAAAUAUGAAAAACCCGCCGAAUACUGUAAUUUUUGAGAAAGUCAUGAAAAAACUUUGAAAAACGUGUGUAUUUUCAUGACUUUCCUAAAAAUUACAGUUUUCAGCUGGUUUUUCAUAUUUUUCGAAAAACUACAAAGCUGAAAAGUUUUCGGAUGUGGUGAACAACUUUAUCCAAAUUAUAAAAUGGAUUUUCCACCCAGGAACAAGGUGAAAAUGGGCGAAAACCAAAACUCAAUUUUUACUUCGAAGCUCCAGAAAAGUGCUCACAGGCAUUUGUGGCAAUUUUCGACUUCGGAUUCGUGAUCAGCAUGGUCGAUUUGAAUGUUUCAUCAAAGUUCAACACCUGACCCUAUGCACUUCCUUUGUCAGAUUUUUUCUGAAAAUUUCUAAAAUCUUACCGUAUCCAAUUGUUUUGUUUCAGCGAUCAUCUCAGCCAACUCAACAACCGGCUCCAGAACAUCACACGGCGAAUUCAUCGCCACUUCGUCGAAAACCUUCCACACCAACAUUCUCAUCAAAUAAUUCAACACCAAAAUCCUCAUCUUCAUCGCAACAUUCAACACCUCCCGGAACACCGCCACCAUCCUAUGAAAUCCCGCGAACUUCGAACCCAGCGAUUUCGGUGAAUUCGAUCAAUAAUGGUUUGCACAGUUUGAAAAUUUCGCCAAAUUUGUUUGCUGAUGGUGUCCGAUUUAUUAUCGAUGGCAAUGAAAUACGUGCAAUUGGAACAUUGAAGCACAAUUUAUUGGAAGUUGUUGGAGAUGAAACUGUUGAGAUAUUGACACGAAAUGUUGGAGUUGUUCAAAUGGAGAAUUUGAUUCGAAAGCGAUUGGAAAGAGAAUUUGAAGCGAGUCUAGUCGAUUAUAAGGGAACCAAAAUUCCAAAGAUUGCUUAUGAGAAAUUGAUAGCAUUGGAUGCGCUGAAUGCAUUCAGAGAUGAUGAUGAUGAUGAUCAAUUCGCUCAACCAAAUCGAAUGCAACGAAAACGAAAAGCGGCACCACCAUCAAAUGAUGUUGCGGUCAACCCGAAGCGCAGAAAAGUGAUGCGAAAACCAGCGCGAGCUCGUGCGCCAACUCGACUAGCAAUUGUUGCUCCACCAAAACCGAUUGCACCAACAGGACCGCCACCAAAAAGUGCUCGUUUGGCUGCACGACAACUUGCUGCUGCUGCAACACCGCCUGCGUCACCAUCCAAUCAAUCGCAUCAUAGUUCAAAACGUCGGUCCGAUUCGUCUUCAAAUCAAUCACCAACAAAAAAGGCAAAAACUGGCCCGGAGUUAAAAACCAUCGACGAAGCGCAAGUGGAACUGUUGCAAAUUGAGAUGGCCUUACAAACUCGAAGCUUUGGUUUUCAUGGAUUGGAUUUGCUGACGGAACAUCGUCGAAUGAUGCGAGCCGUCGUUUCUUAUAAUAAUGCACCGACACCAGAUAAAUUGGCCAAAAUCUUGUCCAAAACAAGGAGUUUGAGUGAUGAGGUUGAAAGAUUGGCGCAAUAA